AUGUUUUCCCUACCGAGCUAUCUUCCAGCUCAGUGGGAGAAGAAGAUUGUUCGUUAUGUUUUGAAUCACUUUGACCUCCUUGAAGAACGCACUCUAGGCGACCUAUCAAAUCUCGAGGGUUCAGUGGGCCGUAACUCAGUUCUUACGCUCAAAGAUGUCGGAAUUAAAGUUGAUAGACUUAAGCAGCUCAUGAAGAUUCCUCUUCCUCCCCGAGUGGCACUCACACAUGCCGUAAUCGGUACACUAACUUUAAGUCUUCCUGCAAAUUUCCUACUGUCUGGAUCAAUAGAGAUACUUCUCUCCGACAUAAAAGUGUCCGUUACGAUCGCUCCUGUAGCGCAACCAUCUUCCCCACCCUCCCCAGGAAGCCGGCAAAACCCCGACAACAGCCCUGAUGUCGAUUCUGAAGACGAAUUGCCCACUACAGCUGAGGAUCUUGCUCAGUCAUUUUUGCAGUCGCAACCCCAGCGCGAGAAGGACCAAUUGCUACACUCUCUUUACCGGGACCGAGAUAACGUGACCGCGUCAACGCAUUCAGCGGCCAGUACAGCUUCGUUAUCGGAUGAUGACGAUGAUGAAGAACUAGGCGUAGGGACAAAUGUUGGUCUGCCAAAAAUACUGGCAACUCUGUUUAAAGGAAUCGGCGACAGGCUGAGGAUCAAGAUACGGGGGGUAGUCAUCUCACUGGAGAGUACCGCGCCUGAGGAACACGGAGGCGAGAAGAUUAUGCUGGAUUUAGAGGUCGAAGAUGUUGAUGUGGAGGGUGUCACCACAAAUUCAGUCACACCUGCCGGAGAACCGGGCAUGCGCCACAAGGAGGGAAAGCGGCGCAUUACUCUCGAUAGAAUCAAAGCAUAUAUCACUUCCGAUGCUUCGUUGUUCGAGCCCCCAAGUCCGCCCGCGGCCAGUACUAUUUUUGGUGAAGCUUCAGAAGUUUUGACUGAAAAAAUGGCAUCGAGCAACAUGGCGGCCAGCAGGGAUACGUUGACACAGGCCGGGAGUUUUCAUAGUAUGGCGACUUCAACAAACACUAUUCGGGAUCGACCCCUACAGUCACCGCCCCAUGAAGAAGCUCCACCUACAGUGGGAAAAGCUCUAGAAUCACAUGUAUCCGAGGAUGGAGGUGUGCAUGUAGAUGGGAAUUUUGACGAAAACAACUUCUCCGGGAGUGAUAGAUUUGCUGACUUUUCAGACUCUUCGUCCGAUGAUGAGGUCUUGGCAUUUGCGCCAUCGCCAUUUGCCGCUUCAAGUCGGGUUCAUACCUCCUGUUCCCUCCCGAGACAGCCCAUAAAUUAUGACGUCGACGAAGACAGCGAAGAUGAAGGAGGGGCUGCUUUUGCGCCGAGUAUGGUCCCUCCGAUGGAAUUGUCGUCGUCGUCGUCUUCUUCAAUUCGUGCCCGCCUACCGCCUUCAUUCUCCCGUACCGGUUCGCCAUCUGGAUCAAUCCAUGCCCGAUCUCAAUCGGCAUCAUUUUAUGCAUCUUCACCAUUAUCCUCAACACAUAUCCGCUCACAAUCGGGAUCGUUUUAUGAUCGCUCGACAUCAACCUCGGUGCACAUACCUUCAACAAAGGCCGUGGACCAGCCAUUACCAUCUGACAGUCCGCCUUCACCUAUGGCGAAAUCCUUGAUGCUAAGCAAGCAAACUCCAGAGUCAUCCCCGAGUGAAACUGAGGGUAGUGAAUCUGGAGAUGAGAUGGAUGCAGAAGCAAGCCGUAUGCUCAGCGAAUCUACGCUGUUUACCCAUAGCGAAGCGGGGAGUUUAUAUCUUUCAGCUACUAGUGGGGUAUUCAACGAGUCGGAUAGAAAGGAUGAAGAGGAGGGGCGAUUGAAGGACGAGGUGGAUGAGGAGGAGGUUGAUGCAGACGAAAUGGACGCCCGUUUAGAUGCAUUGAUUGGCGAUGUGGCAGCUUCAAGGGCGGGAACCUCUAUCAGGACCAUGGAGAAAUCUUGCGGUGAAAAUUUGAAGGUUGGAAGGAGGAUAAGGAAGAAUAUUUUUGGUUUGGAUAAGAUCGAAGUUUUUAUUCCAUCUCUUUCAGCAGAGGAAUCUCGAAGCUCCGGUGCUCAUCAUGCUGAAACAGGGGCUUCUAAUAAUUCCGGAAGCAACGAAAUGGAAGACAACCAUUAUCCAAAUGUUCCAGGCGCCUUUUCAAUGUAUGCUUCGAAACGGAAUAUCGCCUCACCUCCAAAGUCUGUCUCUCCCCCGCGAUCAAGACGCCAAACAAUGAUAAAGAUUGUGGAUAAAAAAACUCCCCAAAGCACCACCGAUCACUCGCAAGAAAAACCCGAUGUUGAGAUUAGUAUCGGUAAAGUAGGAGGUGCUGUGGAUUUCUCUACCGCUAGGAUUCUAGGAAUAGUUAUUGAAUCCAUUACUGGGGCGCUUUCCGAGGGCCCAGACCUGAAAGGAAAACGUGGGUCAGGUAACACUACAACAAACGCAACAGAGACAACUGGUCCAAAUUUAGAAAUUUUGGUGGAAGAAAUAGUAUUGAAACUUGUAGAUCAGUUGUCGGGUCUCGUUGUACGCAAUGAAGAGGAGGAAGGGGAAGAUGAAUUGGUCCACAAUGACAAUAGCGGAACCGUUGUUGAAUGCCUCUUGCGCGAAAUUAAAGUUGCUCAUAGCAAUCUUGGACAGAACAUAACAACUUCGAAGAUCGAUAUUAAAGGGUUCUCCUUAGGAGAUGGAAAGGAAGAUAUACUAUCCUUCAUUCAGCCACCAUCAGCCAAAUCCUCACGAAAGCGCGGUUCACAUACUUCAUCCGUCACGUUUCCCGAAAAUGAUGUUUCGUUUAUAAUUUCUCAGAGCCCAACAAAGAAGAGAAUAAACAUCACGACGCUCCCGGUCAAGCUACAUUUUGACCUUAAAAGGUUAGAGGACACCCUUGGAGCUUUCGGGGGUGUUGGAGGUGUUUUAGCCUCCACGUCUACGACAGCCUCCACGGUCACAAUUACGAAAGGCAGAUCUCCCGAUACGCUUCAGAGGUGGGGAGCGAACGAGACAGAGCUACCAGAACUGAAAAAGAGUGAUGUGAAAGUGCAUUGUCAGAUUGGAGGACUGAAGGUAGAAAUUGUGGGUAGUACUGGGAAAGUCGGCCUCGAAACAUCCCCACUAAAGAUCAGGAGUGAAAACGGUAGUAUCAUCGUCCAAUUGGACAAAAUUGGGGUCUAUGGGCCCGACCUACCAUGGGAUAAUGGACGACAACAAGUUGAAACUAGUCUCAUAGUCGAGAAUACAAGAGUCGAAUUCUUGAAUAAGCCGGAACAAGAAGAUUUGGCAAUACUAUUGGCACUGUUAACGCCAAGCAAGGAUCAACAUGUUGUGGAAGACGACGAUAUCAUUAUCGAUACUCUAAUUCGGCAGCGUCAACAGGGCACUAUGCUCAGGAUCGGGAUAGGUGGCAUCAAAGCAACCGUUGACGAUCUCGGGGUGAUUGAAAGAUUACAACAAGUGGGAGAAGACGUGGUCAAGGUUCUUACCGCGACGGAUUUCGUUACUCAAGAAGAACGCCCUGGCCUGCUGACGUUACUCCAUAUCGAUUCCUUUCAUGGUAGGGUCGAAGUUGGUGGUGGUGUUGGUAAUCUUGAAGUAGAUAUGGGUGAUUUUGGCGUUGCCCAUGUCUCUCUUCCUAGUUUGUUUGCGCUCGCUGUUAGCAAGAUUAAAGUCCGGCGCAAUGGAUCAGAGGAAUUGCUAGGUGAAAUUUUGCAGCGGAAUAUGCUGGAUAAGAGCGAGGAGGGCAAAUCUAUGUUGAUGGUCAGGGUCGUGGGUGAUGAACCGGAGCCGGUUGUCAAAGUCAAACUCUGGAAUAUCAGGCUGGAGUACCGGGUUGAGACUUUGAUGUCCUUGAUGGAUACUCCGCAAAAGGUGACAACCGAGGAGUUGGUGGCGGAGAUGACUCACAGUGUCAUUAAUCUUGCUCAAAAAAGCUCUCGGGAUGAAGACAAACCGCCGUGGGGGGUCGACAUCGUUAUGCGGGAUUGUGUGCUUGGACUGAACCCAUUGGGCCUAAAAAGCAGGGGACUGAUCGUUCUUUCGGAGUCAAGAAUCAAUGCUACACUGCCGAGGAGAGGAAGGUUUCAAGUCGCCUUAGAAGUUAAUAAGGCAUUUGUCAUGCUUAUUGAUGAUACUUCAGAUCUGAAUCUAUCUGACAGACCGGAUCCCAGGCGGCGAAAAGCCAAAGUCAACCGACUGGUUGACCGCCUUUCAAUUCAGGGCUAUGUAUCGGUGAUCAGCAUCUCUGCGGCGGAUAUCCUACUUCAGAUUGUAGAUGCCAAACGUAAAGGCGAAAAGGCGAUUGACGUGGAGGUGAGGGAUGACUUGUUAAUCAUUGAAUCCUGUGCCGAUUCUACACAAACCUUGUUGGGGAUUGUCAAUGGAUUGAAGCCACCGAUGCCAGAGGGGGACGAAAUAAAAUACCGGACAGAAAUAAUGCCUCUGGAUGUCUUCAAAUCUAUGACUGAGGAUGCCUUUGCCCAACCUUCACGACUGAAAGCAGGCUCAAAGGAUCCGGUAUUCUCAUCAGACGACGAAGAUGAUGGGGACUUGGUUCACGAUGAUGUUCCGAUGAAUCUAACUUUUGUUGAGAGCUAUUAUGGUGGCCACCAACCUACGUCUUCUGUAAACAUGCGGGAAUCGGCACAUACAAAGGACGAGCUCGCAAACAGCAUGCUCGACGACGAUCUAGGCAGCAUCGCCCCAGGCCCGCGCAAGCCGCUUAGAGCUGGUGAUAAGGGCAUGUUAGCGUCUUUCACAGAGCAAGUGCAUGUCCUCGAAAACGGGGAUCUAGCAAUUCUAGAUGAUCAUUUUCAUCACGUUCAGCGUCCUACUAAUGCAAGAAAGACUAAUUUGGAGGCGGUAUAUAAGUGGGAUUCUUCUCGAAACGAAUAUGUCCCGUCUGACCACUCGCGUGUGACUCCAUAUUUCCCUCUGAGGAUUAAGGUGCGAGACGUUCAUGUCAUUUGGAACCUCCACGACGGGUAUGAUUGGCCAGGCACAAGAGACGCAAUCAGUCAAGCAGUCAAGAAAGUAGAAAGCAAAGCAGCCGAGAGAAGAAAUCGCAAAGUGGCGUUCGACGUUGACGACGACGAAGGAAGUGUGAUUGGCGACAUCCUUUUUAAUUCGAUUUAUAUCGGAAUACCGGGAAAUAAAGAUCCAAAGGAACUAUCAAAAGCAAUCUUUGACGAUCAAAUGAGCGAAACGUCGUUUGCGCCUAGCUCGGUCACCGAUGACCCGUCUCGCCCUACAAGUCGUUCGGGAACUUCAGCGUUCGUGGGCGUGAAGUCUAGGAAUCAUAAACUCGCAAGAAGUAAAAUGCACAAACUUCAAAUUGAGUUGAAGGGGAUCUGUGCCGACGUCCUGUUAUUCCCCCCAGAUUCCGGCGAAACCCAGAGCAGCGUGGAUCUACGAGUGAAAGAUUUCGAAAUCUUCGAUCUCGUUCCUACAAGUACUUGGAAAAAGUUUGUUACUUAUAUGCAGGAUGCCGGAAAAAGGGAGACAGGAAGUAACAUGCUUCAUUUGGAGAUUAUGAGCGUGAAGCCAGUGCCACAUCUUGCAGCUAGUGAAAUUGUUCUGAGGGUCACAGUUCUGCCUCUACGACUACAUGUGGACCAGGAUACUUUGGAUUUCCUGACAAGAUUCUUCGAAUUCAAGGAUAGUACAGCGGACGCGCCUGGUGCUCCGACUGACGAACCAUUCCUUCAGCGUGUAGAGGUCAACUCAGUCCGCGUAAAACUUGAUUACAAGCCUAAAAAGGUCGAUUAUGCUGGUCUACGCUCUGGCCGAACGACUGAAUUUAUGAACUUUUUCAUCCUCGAAGAAGCCGAUAUGGUACUUCGCCACUGCAUCCUUUAUGGUAUUACUGGCUUCACAAAGAUGUCGAAGAUGUUGAACGACACCUGGAUGCCAGACGUUCAAAGGACUCAGCUUGGGGAUGUUCUCGCUGGUGUUGCGCCUGUCCGCAGUCUAGUCAACAUUGGAGGUGGUGUGAAAAACCUUGUCUCGGUACCAAUACGAGAGUACAAAAAAGAUGGGCGAAUUGUUCGCGCUGUCCAAAGAGGAAUUGUAAGCUUCACAAAGACAACCACCGGCGAGCUCGUCCGUCUCGGUGCAAAGCUUGCCGUUGGAACCCAGAAUGUUCUCCAAGACGCCGAAGAGUUUCUCGCCCCGACCCACGAACAGCACCAUCACCAUCAUCAUGGCGACGGAGAUUCUGACUACAUCGGUACCACUAGCGACUCUGAUGAGGAUACAGUGUUCCCUAGUAGCGGUAACAGUGGCGCGGGAGAGCGAAAGGUUAUUAGUUUAUAUGCCGAUCAGCCAAUGGGAGUUAUCGCAGGGCUUCGUGGGGCUGGCGAUAGUCUGAAGAGAAACUUUGGAAGCGCAAGGGAUGCCAUAAUGAAUGUACCUGGUGAUAUCGCGGAUACUGGAAGCGCCCAGGGAGCGGCCAAAGCAGUCAUGAGAGCGGCGCCAGUCGCCAUUAUUAGACCGAUGAUCGGGGCUACCGAAGCGGCUUCUCGGGCUUUGUUGGGAGUUACAAAUGCCAUGGAUCCGGAGCAGAAACGCAGGGUCGAAGACAAGUACAAGAAAUACUGA